UUUCUCCUCUCCUUUCCUCUUCCUUGUUCUCACUUCUUUCAUGCACUAUCCCUUCUCCGUCGUCGUUUUACUGAAAUGUUUUCUCUCUUUGCUAAUUCUUUCUCUUCCUCCUUUUUGGCGCGGCAAGCAAAGGGAGGGAGGAUUUGUAUCAUUGGUACUAGUUAGGGUUUUGAAAUUUUAUGUUAUUAUUUCAUUUUUUAUUGUUCGAUACGGUUUUUAGGGUUAAAAAAAAAAGGAUAUUUGGAUUAUUAGAAUUCGACAGUGAUGGAUUUUGGGCAAUGUUAUCCCUGUUUGGGAGAUAAUUUUUGGUGAUUGAUUGCUUUGUGAAAGAAGUUUUGGGUGAUUAGUAGAGAUGCGUAGAGAAAGUAAAGUUUGGAUUUUGUCCAAGUGACUGUUUCUUAUUGGAAUUCUGUUUUAAUCUGCAAUCUGCGAAUGGAUGCCAAUCCUGGACCAAUUGAUGGCUCUAUUCUGUAUGAUCAAGACAAGCAUGUCUCUGCUGCUGUUUGGGAUGGCCAGGAACGUGGUGCACUUAGAUGCCAUGAGCAUACCUCCAAGCUAGGUGAAUGGAAGCUAACUCCAAAGCAGAUAGAGUUGGUGGAGAAAGCUGGGUUUGGUUACUUGAGAAAGAUUCCUGCUAUUAGUCUAGAUAAUCCUCUUAUCUCAGCACUGGUUGAGAGGUGGAGAAGAGAAACAAACACGUUUCACUUUACUGUUGGUGAAAUGACAGUAACUCUUCAAGAUGUUGCAUUAUUGCUUGGAUUGGCUAUUGAUGGGAAACCUGUGAUUGGAAUAACAUAUACAACUUGUAGCUCUGUUUGUGAAAGGCUUCUAGGGAAAGCCCCGGAUUCAAACUAUGCAAGUGGUGGAAUGGUGAAGCUAAGUUGGCUAAAGGAAUUCUUUUCUCAAUGUCCUGAGGAUGCUCCUAGUGAAGAGGUUGAGCGCUGCACACGUGCUUAUCUUCUGUACAUUGUGGGAAGUACAAUUUUCUCCACAACCACUGGGAAUAAAGUUCCUGUCAUGUAUCUUCCAUUGUUUGAAAGUUUUGAAGAAGCUGGAAACUAUGCCUGGGGCGCAGCAGCAUUAGCCUUCUUGUACAGAGCACUUGGCAAUGCAUGUGUUAAAUCUCAAAGCACCAUCUGUGGCUGUUUAACCUUGCUACAGUGUUGGAGUUACUUUCAUCUGAAUAUUGGUCGACCAAAGCUCAAUCGGGAUCCUAUCCAUGAUCACUUUCCAUUUGUGCUUAGGUGGAAGGGAAAACAAAGUGGGCCAACAACGAACCGUGAUGUGGUAUUUUACCGGAAGGCAUUGGAUUUGUUGAAACCAAGUGAUGUUGAGUGGCUUCCAUACAAAUAUAUGGACAGUACAGUGAUACCAGAAGACAUAAGAGAUACUUUGAUUUUGGGAAGAUCAAAGACAAUGCUUAUAUGCUUUGACAAGGCAGAGAGACACCUCCCUGACCGCUGUCUAAGGCAAUACGGCAUGCUUCAAUCAAUCCCUGAAGAUGUGGUGCGUUGGGUCAGAAAGAGUAGAGGAGUUGAUGGUGGGGUAGACUUGUCUGGGAAAAUGGAGUCAGAACUUAAUGAAUGGUUGGACCGUCGACUCCAUAUUGUGGAUGGUGAUGAUGGUGCAGAUGAAAAUGAAUACAUGCAAUGGUACUUGAAAAUUACCCGUAAAGUUGUAGGGAGGCCUAUAUCUUUAUCUUCUGAAUUCCAAAGAACGAUAUCUGGUUUAAGGGAAAUUGCUUACUUAGCAGAUUCAUUCUCCACAAAAGGGUUGGAUGGUCAACAAUUUGAGUCAAUUACAAGAAUUAGGUUUAUUGCACAGGACUGUUUGAGGGACCAGGCUGGAAGUCCAGUCACACCAUCAGCUACUCCACAAAUAGAACUUGGGAAAAGGACCAGAGGGAAGGAGCGGGUAAGAAGAAAGGGUACCAUGAAACGCAGGAGAAAGGAUGAUCCUAUGGAUUAUGAAGUUAGUGAAGACGAGCAAUCUCUGUUUUAUGGUGCAGUUAUUGAGGUUGAUCAAUUACAAUUACGACAGGCAGAGGAUGAAGUUGGUCAAUUAGAGUUGCAACAGGAAGAUGAUGAGGUUGAUCCACAACUGUGUCUUACACCUGGUGAGGGCGAUGAUACAGAGCUGCAUGUUGUGGUGAACAAGGUUGAUCAUUCACAUCUCAACAAUGUAACUGAUGGCAAUAACAUUAAUAACUGUCAGCCUUAUAAUUCUACUAAUAAUGUCAAGGACUCUCAAGUCUUUGAUGCCACAACUAAAGGGGUUGCUGAUUUUGAGAGUUGUGAUCAAACUAACGAGGUGAAUGACUCACAGCUUUGUCAGACAACUGAUGAGGUUCAUGACUCUAACCUGUGUGAGCCAAUGAACAAGGUCAAUGAUGAACUACUGCAUGAUGCCGCAAUUAUGAAAGUGAAUGAAACAGAGCUCUGUGAUGCUACUAAAGAGGCAAACAACUCACAGCUCCCUGAUGCAACUAACGAGGUAAAGGACCAACCUGAUGCAACUAAAGACUCCACGGACCAAUAUGAUGCAACUAAAGAGGCAAAGGACUUGCAGCUUCCUGAUGCAACUGAAGGGACCAAUGAUUCACAGCUUUCUUUUGCAAAUAAAGAGGGGAAUGGCUCACAACUCCCUGAUACAACCAAAAAGGGAAAUGGUUUGCUGCUUCCUGAUGCAACUAAUGAUGAGGAGAAGGUCCCCCAGCUUUCUGAUUCAACUAAAGCAGAAAAGGACUCAAAACUUCCUGAUUCAAUUGAGGAGGAUGACUUGCUGCUUCCAGAUGCAAGUGAAGAGGGGAAGGACUUGCAGCUUUCUGACUUAACUGAAGUGGUGAAGGACCCACAGCCUGCAGAUGCAACUGAAGGAAGGAAGGUCUUGCAGCAUUCUGAUGCAAGUGAAGAGGGGAAGGACUUGCAACUCCCUGAUGCAAGUUUAGAGGCCAAUGGAUUGCAGCUUCCUGAUGCAAGUAAUAAUGCAAAUGACUCAAAGCUCUCUAAUUCAACUGAUGGCAGCAGUACUUCAAAAGCCAAAGUAGCAGUAAAUGAUGUUCCAGGGUCAUCCCUUGAAACUGCUGAAGAAAUUUCAAAGCAGGCUGAUGAAAGCAUUAGUAUAAAAUGAAGGCUUUAUCACGUCAAUUCUUUCAGGUAUUGAAACACUUUGACAUCUUCAGAGUUCUAAUAAGGGUGGCAAUCAGAGUAGGAAAAGAAUACCAUCAUACAGUAUUUCAGAUUUCAAAGUUCGAUUUUGUGCAGCUUACAGUUUCCUCUAAUGUAGGGACAUCGGAUUUCAUGUUUCAUCUGAGACUGAAGGUUAUAAUUCAAAGAUGCUUACCUAGUUUUGAGAUUAGUAACUUAAUGUCUGUAUGCUUAAAAAUGUUCACCUUGCUUGCUUGGAUAUAUUAAUUAUGGGUUUGAAGUAGCUUUCUUAUGGACAUGGAUGAGAUGUUCAUAGAAUUUACUCUUAAUUAUGCA